AAUAGUUUCAUAUCUCACUUUGGUUGAAAGUGGUCACGUUGCAUUAAAGGAUACUCUGAAAAAUCCCUGCUUUUGACGUAAAAUGGCUGAUAACAGUGCGCAACCAGGUGAGACUGGCAUUUCUAAAAAAGCCUUGAAGAAGCAACAAAAGGAAGCUGAAAAGGCAGCAAAAAAAAUGGAACGCAAACAACAGAGGGAAGACGCUCAAGCUAGCGAGGAAGCUGCUAAAGAAGAUAUAUCUGCCGGAUUAUAUGGCCAGAUGAAAUUAAUUCAAUCAAGCGAAAAACCUCAGAGGAAAAUGCAUAAUAUCGGUUCUCUAGAUGCUAGUAAUGUUGGGGAGAAUAUAUGGCUUAGGGCCAGGUUGCAUAAUUCUAGAGCUACCGGAAAACAAUGUUUUAUGGUUCUGAGACAAAAACAUUUUACACUUCAAGCUCUACUAUUUGUAAAUGAGAAUGUCUCUUCUCAAAUGGUUAAGUUUGGCAAGCACGUUAAUAAAGAAGCUCUGAUUGAUGUUUAUGGUCAAGUUAUGGCUGUUCCUGAAAAAAUUGAAGGCUGUACGCAGAAAGAUGUGGAGCUACAUCUCCGCCAGGUAUGGGUAAUCCAUCCUUCUGAACCUACCUUGCCUUUACAAAUUGAAGACGCAGCCAGACAAGUUAGCGAAAAAGAUGGAUUGUCAACUGUUAAUCAGGAUACCAGACUUGAUAACAGAAUACUUGACUUGAGAACGCCUACGAAUCAAGCUAUAUUUAGAGUAGAAGCUGGAGUUUGUAAACUCUUUAGAGAUAUCUUAACCGAGAAAGGUUUUGUUGAAAUACACGCACCUAAAAUUAUCUCGGCUGCAAGCGAGGGAGGUGCUAACUUUUUUACAGUUGCCUAUUUCAAGAGAAGUGCCUACUUAGCUCAGAGUCCUCAGCUCUACAAGCAAAUGGCAAUAGCUGCUGAUUUUGAUAAAGUCUUUACUGUUGGGCCUGUCUUUAGAGCAGAAGACUCAAACACUCAUCGGCACUUGACAGAAUUCGUUGGACUUGAUUUAGAGAUGGCUUUUAAUUACCAUUACCAUGAAGUCGUACAAACAAUAGGAGAUCUCUUUGUUCAAAUGUUCAAAGGUCUCAAAAAACAUUAUCAAGAAGAGAUUGAUGCAGUACAUCGACAAUAUCCUGCGGAAGAUUUCAAAUUCAUUGAACCAAGUCUCGUUCUUAACUUCUCAGAAGGGGUUCAGAUGCUGAGAGAAGCAGGAGUCGAAAUGGAUGACGAAGAUGAUUUAAGUACUCCAAACGAAAAACUUUUGGGACGAUUGGUUAGAGAAAAGUAUGACACCGAUUUCUACAUUCUAGACAAGUUUCCAUUGGCUAUUCGACCUUUCUACACAAUGCCUGAUCCCAACGACCCUAAAUGGGGAAAUUCUUACGAUAUGUUUAUGAGAGGAGAGGAGAUAUUGUCUGGAGCUCAGAGGAUUCACGAUCCCAAAUUUUUAUCAGAGAGAGCUGAGCACCACGGCGUAGACUUGGAGAAAAUUCGGGCAUACAUUGAUAGCUUUAGAUACGGAUGUCCACCUCAUGCCGGAGGCGGAAUCGGUAUGGAAAGAGUUGUUAUGCUGUACCUUGGUCUGGACAACAUUCGUAAAACAAGUAUGUUUCCCCGCGAUCCAAAGAGACUAACUCCUUAA